GGACAAAUCAGGUACCCGAUUCAGCAUCAAGGCCACUCAGUUUUCAUCUGAGAUCCGUUUCAGAAGUCAUUUGAGAUAUUCUCACCAGCAUGGCAUCAAGUGGAGUCAGCUCUGAUGACAUGGAAAGGAGUUUGGAAGGGGAGUUUGGCGGUGGAAUGGUGACUGCAAAAUGCUACGAGUGUGAGGAGUGCAGCAAGCAGUUCAGUCGGAUGGAUGAUCUAAGGACUCACAUGCGUACUCACACAGGGGAGAAACCUUACAAGUGUGAGGAGUGCAGCAAGCAGUUCAGUCAGCUGGGUAAUCUAAAGACCCAUAUGCGGACUCACACUGGUGAGAAACCCUACAUGUGUGAGGAGUGCAGCAAACAGUUUUGUCAGCUGGGUGAUCUGAAGAGACAUAUGCGGACUCACACUGGUGAGAAACCAUACAGGUGUGAGGAAUGUGGCAAACAGUUCACGGACCUUGGUAAUCUUAAGAAACACAUGCAAACUCACACUGGUGAGAAACCCUACAGGUGUGAGGAAUGUGGCAAACAGUUCAGUGAGGCGGGUAGUCUGAAGAGGCACAUGCGAACCCAUACUGGUGAGAGGCCUUACAGGUGUGAGGAGUGCAGCAGGCAGUUUACUCAGCCGGGUAGUCUGAAGACUCACUUGCGUACUCACACAGGGGAGAAACCUUACAAGUGUGAGGAAUGUGGCAAGCAGUUCAGUCGGAUGGGUGAUCUGAAGUCACACAUGCAGACUCAUACUGGUGAGAAACACUACAUGUGUGGGGAAUGCAGCAAGCGGUUCAGUUGUCUUUAUAGUCUGAAAAACCACAUGCGGACUCACACUGGUGAAAAACCUGAUGUGUGUGAGGAGUGCAGCAAACAGUUCCGUCAGUUGGGUAAUCUGAAGUCACACAUGCGGACUCACACUGGUGAGAAACCCUACAGAUGUGAGGAGUGUAGCGAGCAGUUCCGUCAUCGUUCCAGUCUAAAGAAACACAUGCAGACUCACACUAGGCACAAUUCUUAAAAAUGUUCCGAGUGUUGCAAACCAUCACACAUCACGUCAUCUUAAAGGCCCAUUAUGUAACUUUUUGACAAUACAAAAAAGUAUAUUUUCCA